AAAGCCACCUUGUUACUUUCUCCCAAGUUCCUAACCCCUCUCUCUCUCUCUCUCUCUCUCUCUCUCUCUCUCUCUCUCCUCAACUGAGCAAAAUGUCUCAGGGCGAUCAUGAAGGAAUGAACAUGACUCCUGGUUCAAUGUCGAUGAGCAACUCAUCCUCCAACGGCUACGACGGAAUGAACAUGAAGAUGAUGAUGCACAUGAGUUUCUAUUGGGGCAAGGACGCCAUCAUCCUCUUCUCCGGUUGGCCAGAGCAGCGGCUCGGCAUGUACGUGCUGGCUCUCUUCUUCAUCUUCGUCCUGGCCUUGGCAGUGGAGGUUUUGUCCGUCUCUCCCAACAUUAGGACCAGCACGAACCCGAUCGCGGGUGCCACUAUGCAGGCAGCGAUAUAUGGGUUGAAGAUGGCCUUGGCCUAUAUGGUGAUGCUCUCCCUCAUGUCCUUCAACGUCGGGGUCUUCAUCGUGGCUGUGAUCGGCCAUGCUUUUGGCUUCUUUCUAGUCAAGAGUCAGGCUCUGGCGGCAGCGAAUAAAGCGGCCGCAGCUAGUUCUGCGGCCGCCAGCGUUGCUGCUAAAGUUUAAGUCUGGUUGCUUUUCACUUGUUAGUAGUUUCUCCCCCUCUAUGAUCUAUCGAAUUUCUUUGUAAUAAUGUGCAUAUGAAGACCUUUUCCAUUUAUGGGUGACUUGACUUGACCAACCAUAACAUUACAGGAGUGAUUUAGUAGGUGA